GGGCGCGGGGAGGCCUGAGAGGGCCGCCGCCCGGAGCGCCCGGGCUCCCGCACCAUGGCCCCCAUGGGCAUCCGCCUGUCCCCGCUGGGGGUGGCGGUGUUCUGCCUGCUGGGGCUCGGCGUGCUCUACCAUCUCUACUCGGGCUUCCUGGCCGGCCGCUUCAGUCUCUUCGGCCUGGGCGCCGAGCUGGGCGCGGCGGGGCCCGCAGCCGCGGCCGACGCGGGCGCCGUGGUGGAUUUGCGCGAGAUGCUGGCGGUGUCGGUGCUGGCGGCGGUGCGUGGCGGCGACGAGGUGCGGCGCGUCCGCGAGAGCAAUGUCCUCCACGAGAAGUCCAAGGGGAAGACGCGCGAGGGAGCCGACGACAAGAUGACCAGCGGCGACGUUCUGUCCAACCGCAAGAUGUUCUACCUGCUCAAGACCGCCUUCCCCAGCGUGCAGAUAAACACUGAGGAACAUGUGGAUGCAACUGAUAAGGAGGUUAUCUUAUGGGAUCAUAAGAUUCCUGAGGAUAUCCUGAAGGAAAUAACUACUCCAAAAGAGGUACCAGCUGAGAGUGUUACUGUCUGGAUUGAUCCACUUGAUGCUACACAGGAAUAUACAGAGGAUCUUCGAAAGUAUGUCACCACUAUGGUGUGCGUGGCAGUAAAUGGUAAACCUGUUCUAGGAGUUAUUCAUAAGCCAUUUUCUGAAUAUACAGCUUGGGCAAUGGUAGAUGGUGGUUCAAAUGUGAAAGCACGUUCUUCCUACAAUGAGAAGAUCCCACGAAUCAUCGUAUCCCGUUCCCAUUCUGGGAUGGUCAAACAAGUUGCUCUUCAGACAUUCGGAAACCAGACUACAAUCAUCCCAGCUGGUGGUGCUGGUUAUAAAGUUUUAGCACUCUUGGAUGUGCCUGAUAAAAGUCAAGAAAAAGCUGACCUAUAUAUCCAUGUGACAUACAUCAAAAAGUGGGAUAUAUGUGCUGGCAAUGCCAUCUUAAAAGCCCUUGGAGGGCAUAUGACUACCUUGAAUGGUGAAGAAAUCAGUUACAUAGGCUCUGACGGCAUCGAAGGGGGCCUCCUCGCUAGCAUCAGAAUGAACCAUCAGGCUCUGGUCCGAAAACUCCCAGAUCUAGAAAAGAUAGGACAUAAAUAAGUAUAACUAACUACAUGGGGCAGUAUCCCCAGAGCUGAAAUGGUCAGCCUGAACUGCUCAAAGUGUCAGAGGGUUGGUAGAGACUAUGCAUGGUUAAAGGCCAUUCUGAACUUUUUUAAGUAUUUAUGAAGCAUCGGAGACUUAUUUUCCCUAUAAUAGGAUACAAAGUAUCAGGGAAAGUGGGUUGCUUCGUGUCUCAAGUAUUGUCUUUAUUUUUGAGACUAUUUUCGUACAGUUGUCAUACACAAGGCGCAUAUAUAUUUGUGAAUUAAAAUCUAUAGCUGAGUCUACAUUAUGAGCCACCAUUUUCACACAUCAUGAAUCUUCAUUAUUUGUUAAUAUUUUCAUAUACAAAUUGGGUGGAAGGAAGGAUUGAUUUUGUGUAGAUGUUUGAUGUAACUUGAAAAUAAAGUAACUGAGGAUUUUUACUUCUGAUGGAAAGCACAAGAAGCUUCACAUUCAUUAAUGUGCACAUGUGCUCUAUUCAUCUACUGUUUCUAUGGAUUAAAAUAGAAAAGUCCACAUUUUUUUCUCUGAAGUUUUAACAGGUUCACCAGCCAGUAGAAAAUACACACAUGAUGGUUUGCAUUAUAAUUGAUGUGUGUAUGUGGUGUGUGUGUGAGUGUGUGUGUGUGUGUGUGUGUGUGUGUGUGUGUGUGUGUAUUCUGUUCUGAUAAAGGAAAUUGUUUUACCUAUGGGUUCAACAUUUCUGUCAUCAUAUUGUAGAUUUGCAUUUCUCUGUGGAAGAUGCAUGCUUCCAUCCCUCCUGACCAGCAUUUAGUCUUGAGUUUUAGGUUUCAGAUUUAACACUACAUUUAGGAAUAAAAUUAACCCCAUAAGGCAUUGCAAGAAAGUAAAUAAUUCUGUUAUAACUGAAAAAUCACUUGACAUUACAUAUGAAUUGACAUAGUUUUCAUUCAUUUGCAGGAACCUUAUUUUAAUAUAAAAUUUUAGAAACUUUUCCAGGAUUAUAUAGACAGUCUGCCGUUGUCAAGAAUGCUUUGGCCAUGGUUGCUUUCACUAUAAAUAAGUACUGCUAGCAGAUGUACCUAGCCUAACCGAACUCUCACAGUAGUGACUUUUGAGAUACUCUGUAGAUUCCCUUCAAAUUAGUAAAAUGAAAUUAAAAGUUUUUUAAUUUCCUAUUCAGUUUUCCUGUUGGUUAGCAAAAACACUGGAAGAUUUGCUUUUUGAACUUUCUUUUAUUUGAAAGUAUGCUUCUCUCACUAUGAUACCUAGAAAACUAAUGAAAACAAUUGAAACUGUUAUUUCAUAUAUCUUCAAUGCCUUAUAGGCCAUAACACUGAUUUCUCAUGCUUGCUUUUUUUCCCCCUCAAACAAAAUUGAAAUCAGCUUGCUUUCUAUUUUCCCAGGUGAAGGUAAAAUUGACCAAAGAAUGUACAUCCUAGCCUGGUAGAGUGUGCAUACUUAGGUUUGCAUGUUGUUUAAAGUCCUUAGUUCCUCAUUAGAACUCAAUCUAAGAUGUUACAAAUGUUUCCACUCAAUAUCUUACCCUAGUAACAAAUAUAUUAGGUAGGCCUUUGUUCAGUGAAAAUUCCAAGUUCAAUGGGUGGAACAUUUGAUAACUUACACUGGCUUGAAAAUUUUGAAAAGAAUGUCAGGCAGUUCAUCAUUUUUACUUCGUAAUACAAUAGGACAGGAUUUUUUUUUCUUUAGGAAUGGCAAAGGCAAAUGCUGUUUCCAGAGUUUUGGCAUUUAUUUUUUUAAAUUGUGGUAUGUCAAAGUUAAGAAAAUAAAACUGGCAAAUAGGAAGUGGAAUUUAACCGUAGUUUAAAAAAUAUUACAUAGAAUCUUUGUGAUUUAAUUGAAGUAAAAGUAGUUCAUAUUAGCAAGCAUGAUUGCUCCAAUUUAAUUUUAGUUCAGUAAUGUGUGCAUAGCCAAGGAUAUGUACAAUUAUGAAAUGUGCUGUGUGUAAAAAUUAAGAUUGGCUAAGAGUUGAAUACGUUAUUUUUAUAAUUUUUUGGGGUAUAGUCUAGUUACUAAGAUUUUAAGUACUUUUUAUAGAAAGCUCAUUUUUAAAAUCUUUGUUUAUUUUUAAGAGCCAUUGAUACAUUACAAGAAACAGUAUUUAUACUUAUUUAUAAGACAUUAUUGUGCCAGCACUUACCUGUAAAACACUUUCAAAAGAGUGUAAUAUCUUCUAGAAUUGCAGAAAAGUAUUUCUAAAACACAGCAAGAUAAAUCCAACUUACUUUUGGUGACAUUCGUUGCCCAGCUUCUGCCUUCCUUUUCCUUCAUCUUUGUCCUUAUUUGGAAGGUAAUUUUCCCUUAAAGCUGUGUUUUAUGUAUUACAGUUAAUAGAAGCAGGGACAUCAGUAAUUUAGUGUUCUGACAUCUUUUCCCUCUUCAUCUCUACAAUGUAUAUGCCUCCUUUGCCUGUUCUUAUCCUUUAUUUCUGCUUUUCCUUAUUCACCAGUAUACCAGAUAGUACUUUAUCCCCUCCCCCAAUUUUUAUUUUGAGGGGGUUGCUGGUACCCAAGUUGGAACUCAAGGCCUUGUGCCUGUUUGGCUUGCUUGCUUGGCUGGCUGGCUGGCACUGUACUACUUGAACCACACCUCUAGUGUGGCUUUUGCAAGAUAUAGAGUCUCAAGGACUUCUCUGUUCAGGAUGACUUCUAACUACAAUCUUACAGCCUCUUGAGUAGCUAGGAUUACGAGCAUGAGCCACCAGUGCUCAGCUCACUCAUAGUUUUUUGAUGUACCCACUUCUCAAGAUUGCUUGCUGAAAUCAUACUAUAAAACUGAGGCUGUGCUGCAAUUUCCAUGAGGAAGGGAAGUGCAUAUGUUUCAAACUUCAUAGAAAGACAGAAAAAUGACUUUUAAUUACAGAAACCUUUACAUUGACAAGUUUAAUCCAGUACUAAAGUCUUUACAGAGCAUUUCUUCCCAGCCAUCUUGAGGAUAUAAACAUAGAAAAUGUAAUUUUGAAUAAGUAAGCCUGCUUUCUGUGUUCUUUUCAUACUUGUAACCCCCAUUUCAGUUGAGGUUACAAGAUCCUACUAGGUGAUCAUAAUUAUCUUUGGUUUGUGAUUGUCCUCUUCCCCCAAUUGUAAUAUUUCUAAUUUUAAAUUGAUAAAAUUGAGAUAAAUUAUGUAUAAUG